GUAAAAUCAUUGUCAGCUCGCACUGAAAGAAAACUCUCUUCUUUUUCAUUUCGCUUUCAAUGGCUUUUCCUCUACACUGCUCACUCCCUGCAACCCCUAUAAUUCACUCCAAAUUCUCAUCUUCUUCUUCUUAUACUUCAAUCACUUUCACUCCUCUGUUCGUCACUCCUAUCAGGUCUCUGUACAACGACCGGAAAUUGCGCCCCGAAUUCCGAUGCACGGCAAUGGUCCAGCAGGCCGUACAGGGCCCUCCCGCCGCCUACGCCAAGGAAGUGGAACGACGGUCAGCUAAAGAAUCGCUUCUCCUUGCUUUUAAGGAUUCCGGGGGUUUUAAGGCCUUAGUGACAGGGAAGACCACAAGUAUGCAGCAGAUUGAUGUGAAUGAGAGGAUAACUAGUCUUGAGCGGCUGAAUCCAACGCUAAGACCAACAAUGUCUCCCUUUCUUGAAGGUCAAUGGAAUAUUGAGUGGUUUGGAUCUGGUAGCCCAGUUGUAGUUGCUGCUAGAGCUAUAUUUGAGAGGUUUCCUUCAACGGUGGCAGAUUUGUCAAAAAUGGAUAUUUUGAUCAACAAUGGAAAUGGCAAAGUCACAGCUAACUUGAAACUGCUGAACUCGAUAGAAAGUAAAAUUAUGUUCUCCAGCAAGCUGUCUGUUGAGGGACCGCUUAGAAUGAAAGAAGAAUAUAUUGAAGGAAUUUUUGAAUCACCAAGAGUAAUUGAAGAAGCAUUACCAGAACAGCUAAAAGGUGUAUUUAAUCAGGCAGUGAACACAGUUCGGCAGCUUCCUGAAAGUAUUAGAGAUGUGGUGGACAGCGGGCUAAGGGUUCCUCUUAGUGGAUCUUUCCAGAGGCUGUUCAUGAUUUCUUAUCUUGAUGAAGAGAUACUUAUAAUAAGAGAUUCUGCUGGAAUACCUGAAGUUCUUACAAGGUUGGAUGCUCCCACAUCUCCAUUGGCUGACCCAAUCACCACCGAGUACAAGAGCUAGGGAUUCUGUCGUUGUUCAGAAGAAGUCUUCAUCGGUAAAUGGUCAACGACAGUAACCCCUGGCAGGUUUGGGUUUGGUCCUUCUUCGGGCAAGCAUGCUGGCGGCAUAGGUAAUGUUUAACCAAUCCAAUUCACACUUGAUCUCCUCAAUAUGUGAUUGUGACUAAGAAAGUUUUACUUUGUCAAUACUCUAGAAUGUGAUAUAAUAUAUGUGUUUGAUGUUGAAAUA